AUGGGUAACAAAAACUAUCGUGGUCGCGCAACCCAAAUUCCGGCUUUUAAGAAAUACACAGAGGCAAAGUUAGCGGCAGAGAAGACCCGCGAAGAGGCUCAACAACUUGCUGAACAGAACCAAAAAUUGGCCAUUGCUUACGAGUUGCAUACCCAGCAAGUUGAAGACGAACAGUAUGCGCAGGACUUCGAUUAUUCCACCCUUCCCCAACAUUGGGCACUACAAGUCAAGAAAGAUAGCGGAACACCUAAGUUGUUCAUCCAGAUUGAUAUCAUACACCCGAAUCGUACUGCUAAAGAGGUAGACUUUCUUCGAAUUCUUCCCGAGUACGCACAAAUGAUUAAGAACGUGGAAAUUCUUCUCAUCGCUCCGGCAUUUCACAGCUCGGUAGACGUCUACAACCUCCGAAUCAAGAAUAUGAUCAAGACUAUCGAUAUUCUUAAUAAUUUUAAUCUCGAAAAUCUUCACUUCAUCAUCUCCGUCAACAGACCCGAUAACUUUCAGCAAAUGAAGCUCGCUGCCGCCUGUUUCGGCUUGAAAUUUGAUAAUUGGACAAUGGGAACAGCAUUGUUUGGCGACCAGCAGAAGGAAAUAAACGUGGGACGUCGGAUUUCAAUUGCUCGCAGAUUAGCUGGGGUAUAUAAGAGCGAGUUUUUGACUCAAGAUAAUACUUAG